AAUAUCCUCCCUUCCUACCCAUUUCCAAAUGUCCCAACACACAUCCCUUUCUCUUUCUUUAUUCACAGCACAACUAAGCUCCAACCCCCAUCAUUUCUGUAAUAUAAAUCCUUCCUUCUCUUCAAUACCACACCAAAACAAACCAACCAUCUCUCUCUCUCUCUCUCUCUCUCUCUCCAAAACAGAGCAAGCAUCUCUCUCUCUCUCUCUCUCAUGGAUUCAUCAUCCAAUUCAAUUUCGCCUCGCAAGCUCCGAUCCGAUCUCUACAGCUCUUCAUCAUACAAAGAUGAAUCCACUAGCCCCUUAGUCAUUUCAGUCCUCGCUUCUCUGCUUGAAAGAACCAUGACCAGGAACGAAAGGAUCGUGAGAAAAUGCACUUGGGUGUCGCCCAAAGUUGCCGGGACACGCAUCUUCAACUGCUGCCAGAUUCCAGACAUGACGGUCCAGUCAUUCCUCGAGCGAAUUUUCCAUUACACUCACAUCGCCGCACCGGUCUACGUCGUGGCUUACAUCUACAUCGACCGGCUCUCCCAAUUACACCCCGAUUUCAGAAUCGUCCCUCGCAAUGUACAUAGGCUUCUCAUCACAACCAUCAUGGUUGCUUCUAAAUUUGUCGAAGACAUGAAUUACAGGAAUUCUUACUUUGCUAAGGUGGGCGGAUUAUCGACGGCUGAAAUGAACAAAUUGGAAGUGGAUUUUCUUUUCUUGAUGGGUUUUAAGUUACAUGUAAAUGUGAGUGUUUUCGAGAGCUACAUAUCACAUCUAGAGAGAGAAGUGAGCAUUGGAGGAGGCUACCAUAUAGAAAGGACUUUGAGAUCCAUGUGCAGAGGAGAAAUCACUUCCAAGGAAAAGGAGAAGAGGGAAUUCAAUGGACCAUCACGAGUUAUCGGAUGCGGUCCCCAUUGACUAGUUUUUCAGGCACUUUUAUGUUGAAGGAUUGAAUUUUCUUGUAAAUAGUUGUAAUUGUAUAUCGGAUAUGGAAGUCUCAUUGAGAAUGGUAAUUGAGUAUGUUACCUUAUCAACAAUGAAAAGUUAAGGUGUAAACCUGUCUUUUUUAGAAGAAUUAAGGAGUUUGUUAUGUUAUA